AUGGAGUCAAGAUCAGCUUUACACUGGAUUUCAGAAUCGGGUUUGGAUGAUGCAUCAGAUUUCAUUAUGCAGCAAGAACUGAGCACGCUGAGUUACUUCAGUCCCCAAGAACUAAUAUCAACUUCAUAUGAUAACGAUUUACAACAUUCUAUCACUUCAUCAAAAAGUUUUACUUCGUACCCGUCAGCUUACUCUCUGGAAAAGUCCAUAAAAGCUUCUAAUGGAAUAUACAAAGCUAAUCAACAUGGCCUGUUUUUGGUGCCUGAUGCCCCGCUUCUUCUGUCCUUUAACCAAUCUCAAGCUGCAAAUGCUAUCUAUGAUCAGGCUGAUAUGCCGAAAGAUAGCAUUAGAAGGAAAGGUGGGAUGGUUGAUGGUGAAACUGAGGGGAAGAAGAUGAGGAUGGGCAUAGGGCAGCCUAAUUAUUCCGUUGAUCACAUUCUUGCUGAGAGAAGGAGAAGGGAGAAGCUUAGCCAAAGGUUCGUAGCACUUGCGGCUAUCAUUCCUGGUCUUAAGAAGAUGGAUAAAGCUUCAGUUCUUGGAGAUGCAGUCAAGCAUAUCAAAGAGCUUGAAGAUAGGGUGAAAACCCUUGAAAAAGAUAAGAUUGAGCGGAACAAAUUGGAGAUUGCCACAAUGAACAUGAAGCCAUGUCAGGAUCACUCUGAUGAUUGUGAAAGCCCUAUAUCUUAUGUGGAGAAUAACAAUGUUUUUAAUAACAUUUCAUCUCAUCAGAAACUCCAGCCUCAUGAGAUAAAGAUUAAGAUUUUUGGUAAGGCAGUGCUUGUGAAUAUACACUGUGCAAAUCAUAAGGGAGUUUUGGCUAAGUUGGUUUCUUAUAUUGAGGAGCUCCACCUCGUGGUCAGCAACUUAAGCGCUGUGACUUUCCUUUCUGGGUCCUCCUUCCUUGAUAUCACAUUGGCUGCACAGUUUAAGGGACAAGAUUUUGAGAUGCUUCCUUCUCGUGAUUGUGAUGCAGCUGGUAGGCACUGGGCUCCCACACCAUGA